AUGGGUUGUUUAACUUGCAUUCGAGGUCUGAAAGUUACAUUUCCCUUUAAAGACAAAGAAUUGAAUAAGAUAGCUGCAUUUUUUAAUUUGUGUACAUUUAUGCUGACUUGUGCAGCAUUAGUCCAACCAAGUUGGUUUAAAAUCAAGGGCCUACAUUGCAUACAAAGUCUUUCCCUGUCCCAGUUCUUUACGUUUGAUGGUGAUGAUGAGCCAGAGAUAUCUAUUCAUCAGAACACGGAUUUAUAUGGACAUUUUAAUAUUAUGAGCGGAUCUGAUUAUAAUGGUCUACCACCAUGCAACACCCCAGAGAUAAUAUCUUUAAUGAGGAUCCUUAUCCUAUUAUGUUUUAUGGUAUUAUUGUGUUCGUUCAUUGGAGUGUUGAUAAACAUCACAAGUCUUAAUAAAAGAGUCAUUAGAAUGCUGAGGAGGAACGCUGUACCAAGCAUAAUAUGUGUUUUCUGGGUCAUCGCUAUAGUGGGUGUUUGUUAUUACACUACAGUUGUAUUGGGAAAUGCGAAUAGUAGUGAUCCGAAUACGAUACAAGUCGAUUACGAAUAUGGGUUUUAUACUAUUACAGCAGCCGGUUGCACUGCUCUGCUAGCUUCUGCCGCUAACCUAUGGGGCGCACCUUUAUCCAAUGACGAAGACCUGCAACGAAGGAACCUAAUGGAAGAUUGGGACGGCUAUGAAGCCCACGGCGUGGGACCGACCCCAUGUGUUCCCACUUUACCUCCUUACACACCUAACGCGAAUUACCCUAGUGGAUUUUCAUCGGUACAUCCCACAUUUGCGCCACCGGUUCUUGGUGCUCAGCAGUAUUUCCCAUUCGAUGAUUUGUCUGCUUUACCCCCACCUCCCCCAUACAGUCCCUAA